GUUAAUUGUUUAAUGUACUGCAAUUUGGAUAAAAAAGGAAGUUGUAUAUUAGACACAUUCUAGUUAGUUUUACCAUUUUAACACUAAAUAAAGUGAGCACACACACCCAGUCUGGUGACAACUGACAAGUGAUUCAGUUCUGAGAAAUAAAUUAUCUCUAAUAUCAGCAAGCAGUCGACUGUAAUACAUAGAUUUUUGGACAUUAGCAGAAAUAUGUCACUGGAUAAUUCUACACUUUUGCAACGCAAAAACACAUUAACUUCAAAAUGGGACAUUGUCUUUGACGAAGCCCCCAAGGAAUGGAUCGGAUUCAAGCCAGCUUUGGGAGACCACAUAUACACCUGUUAUGCUUGUCGCCAUAUGUUUUCUUGUUUGAGGUCACUCCAGGAUCAUGUUAAUCGAAGAAUAAUAGUCAUACAAUACAACUGCUCGGGCUGUUUAAACCAAAUAUUGACAUUUUACAAUCGUUGCUCCUUUUUAUUGCACACUCGAAAGCACUACAGUUUAAACCAAGGCAAAAUUAAUCUCUGCGAGAUUGACAUCUUUACUCUACCAGUUUCAUUGGCAGGUUUCUUACCUCACCCAAACAUUCCGAUACUUUAUGCCACAGAGGAAGAAACGAUACCAGAAAACGUAUACAUUAACACACAGUUUUACAGUCCGGACAUCAGCGAGAGGGGUAAGCAAAUAAUAACGUUAAAACCCAACGAUAUUGUAUUUAGACAGGCUGAAAAAUCUUUGGCCUUGAAGCAGAUUUGUGCCAAUAUUCCUAAAUGUGAAUUCGUCACUCUGGAAUACCAAGAAGUGUUUAGACAGCAAAAUUUACUAACAGAAGAAAACAAUAAUACAAAUAACAAUUUGGAAACCGUGGACAUAAAGCAAGAACCUCCAGAGGAAGAGCCUGUACAACCAGUCAUCAUGCCUGUGAUAUCAAAAGUAGAAUCGGUUAGAGAAAAGAAGUUUCGACUGCCCAGGUGCUUGGAUUGCAAAACUUUCCAAAAGGAUACCAUGGCGGAGCACUACCUAGGCACGAAUAAACCAUUCGACAGUUCUCUGAAGUGUUCAAUUUGUAAAUUCAUCGCUGCCACUAGUUGUUCCCUAAAAGCACACAUAAGAAUCCAUGAAAACGUACCCCCAUUUGUCUGUCCUGACUGUGGGAAGGACUUCCCGACUUGGGCCAUGCUACGAAAACAUAUGGAUGAUGUUUGCUUCCACUUAGCCAAACACGUGAGAUUCCGUUGCCCCGGUAAGAGAUGUGGGAAACUUUUUGCUGUCAGUGCGACAUUUGCUUUACAUUUCCAAACACACCUCAAGUGUUAUUUUGCCUGCUCAAUUUGCGGGACCACCGUCUUUAAGGCUGAAGAUGCCGAAGCUCACAAACGUUCACACGAAGAAUUCUGUACAUUAAAUAAAAUAUAUGAGUGUCCGCUUUGCCCCCAUAUAGGUACCCUAACUGAAGACAGUUACAAAGCGCACGUUAAUAUACAUGCGACUGACAUUAAGAGAUGCAUGUACGUCUAUAUGUGCAAGCAUUGUCGCAGCUACUUCCGUUCGACGACAACUUAUGCAACUCACUUGCUGAAGUGUAGCUCUAAACAGACCGUGCACGUAAGGAAGUACGACGUCCCCAGAUACGUGACGAGAGAGUGCGAAAAAUGUACCAACAAGAUAAUCUUCAACGAACAAAAGCCCACUAAGUUUUGCAAUAAGUGUAGACAGCAAAACGAGAGUCCUAAACCCGUCUUAAGCAAGAGGUACUUCUGUAUUUUGUGUAACAAGCAAAUACUGCCUCAGGAGAAGAGUUAUCAUAGAAAGCAGUGCAAAUACGGAAGGCCUUACAUUGUCAUUCAGAAGCUGACAAUGGAAGACGUAGAGAACUUGACAUUAAGCUCGAGUGGAAGCGAUUUUGAUUCGUCUUCUACCCCUAGAUCUGGGAAAAGCAACAGGCGCAGGUCUAGCGAUUCGUGGAAAACGGACGAUAGUACGAAGAAAAAACGUAAACGUACUUAUAAUCCGAGCGUUACCAAGCAGAGAAAGACAGAAAAAGAGGUUGAACUAGACUUAACUGCCGAGGAACCUAUGCAGUUCGAUGGAACAUACCGUUGCAAGUUAUGCGACUAUGAAAAUAUAGAUCGGGCUGAAUUUCAUGCACAUGUCAAGAGGCACAGGGAUAUUUCCACGGCCUACCAGUGUAUGGAAUGUGCCGAAUGUUUUGUCGUAAAACCAUCUCUCAUAAAACACCUUUUGCAUUUUCACAACAUUUCAGACCACGAGUCGUAUUUGAAAGAAAAUGACUGUUUCGAUGUAGACGCCGUAAAAGAACUGGAGAGUGUCAUGAGAUUGGCGCCUGGGGAAUCCAAAGAGCCGGUUAAGGAGAAUCAGUGCAGGGUGUGCCGUCAAGAAUUCAAGGAUGCUCUGUCGUUGAACAAACAUUUCAGAAUUCACGGCAUGGCAUUUUUGUUAAGGAACAGCAAAUAGUUUGUUGUUCUUCAUUUUGUUAACUACUUAAGUUAAAUGUGAUGUUCCUUGAUUGUUUUACAUUUGUUCAAAUUAUUUGGGUUAAUAUUUUACGAAUGUUGUCCGAGUGAUUAUUGAUUCUAUUGAAUCAUAACAAUUACAAACUAUUUUCUAAAUUUAUAGCCCAGAUUCUUAGGACUUAAAAUUUGUUCUCCGUCAACUCAACUUUUUUAUCUCGGAUGUUUAACAACAUAUCAAAAAAUAAAUGUCUUUAAGAAAGUUAGUUUAUAAUAAAUAAUGGGUACCAUUUUUUAAUGAGUAGGAUUUUCUGGCUCCAUGAAAAUAUUUUUUAUAAUUGCUAGAAUACCUUUUUUCAAUAAAUAAUA